AUGUCCGAUACACAGGGAAAGGUCAUCAAAUGCAAAGCUGCAGUGGCUUGGGAGGCGAAAAAACCGCUAUCUAUUGAAGAAGUUGAAGUUGCACCGCCACAAGCCCAUGAAGUUAGAGUAAAGGUACAUAUUCUAUACACGGCUGUUUGUCACACUGAUUCAUACACUCUGGAUGGCCACGAUCCUGAAGGCCUCUUCCCUGUUAUCCUAGGCCAUGAAGGUGCUGGAGUAGUGGAAAGUGUUGGUGAAGGAGUCACCACUUUUCAACCUGGAGACUAUGUGAUUCCGUUGUAUGUUCCGCAGUGUAAGGAAUGCGAAUACUGUUUGAAUCCCAAAACAAACCUCUGUCAGAAAAUCCGCAUUCUUUCGCUAACGUUUCUUUUACCUUCAUAUAACUACCCCACAAAAAUUUGCGUUUCCCAAGGUAAUGGCGUUAUGCCUAACGGUACAAGUAGAUUCACUUGUAAGGGGAAGUCGCUGUAUCACUUUAUGGGAUGUUCGACUUUCUCUGAGUACACUGUCGUCGCAGAUAUAUCUUUGUGUAAGAUUAAUCCAAGUGCACCGCUUGAGAAAGUGUGCUUACUCGGAUGCGGCAUAUCUACAGGAUAUGGAGCGGUGUUCAACACGUGCAAGGUGGAAGCAGGCAGCACUGUUGCAGUCUGGGGACUUGGAGCUGUUGGUCUUGCCGUAAUAAUGGGUGCCAAAGCAGCUGGCGCAAAGAGAAUUGUGGCUAUUGACAUUUUAGAGAAUAAGUUCGAUGCAGCUCGUCAAUUUGGUGCGACUGAUUGUGUGAAUCCUAAGGACGUGCCAGCGGGUAAGACUCUGCAGGCAUGGCUUGUUGAGCAGUUCGAUGGGGGUUUUGAUUAUACAUUCGAGUGUAUCGGCAAUGUCGAGACGAUGCGCCAAGCUCUCGAAUCUGCACAUAAGGGAUGGGGCGUUUCUUGCAUUAUCGGUGUGGCGGCUGCGGGACAGGAAAUCUCUACUCGCCCUUUCCAGCUAGUGACGGGAAGAACCUGGUGUGGGUCGGCGUUUGGUGGAUGGAAAAGUGUUGAAAGUGUGCCCAAACUUGUCGAUGAGUACUUGGCAAAGAAAUUGAAGAUUGACGAGUUCAUCACACAUCGUUUCCCUCUAGCAAAUAUAAACUCUGCGUUCGAUGUAUUGCACAAGGGCGAAAGGUNACGCCUUUCAAUUUAA